UAGCUCAGAUCGCGACAGUCACUCGUUGGACGUUAAACUGUUUGCACCUAUGCCACUGAUAUUUGUAUUUGAUCAAGCAAAAUGUGCAAGGCAUUCAUUUAUAUUGUUUACAUAGCCCUAUGCAGUGGCUAUAUAUUUGGAUUAAACGCCCAGGAAGAUGACAGUUUAAACUUCAAAAACUGCACCGUACUCAUGGAGUGCCCGGAUAACGCCAUUUGCACCAGAGUAAACGCCCAUUUGCAAUGUGUCUGCUGGCAAGGAUAUCAUCAGAAUCCCGAAUGGCGACCAGGUGGCUUCGAUACCACAGAAGCGGACUAUUGUGCAAAGGGAGCGGCGAAUAAAACAGUUGUUUACAAUCGCCCGCCUGCCAGGAAGGCAGAUCUAGCUGUUGCUAUUGUCUUAGUAUUAUUUGGUGUCAUUGUAGUCACCGUGAUAGUUUAUUGCCUGGUUGUUAUGCGACCCAUAAAACGCACCCAGGCUGUUUAUCAUCGUAUUCAAGUGCGGCGCAAAAAUCACCGCCGACUGGAAGAAUUUGACGAUAUUGACAUGACUUUUCGCAAUGGUAUCGCUGAUCUAUCAUAACAGGCAAAUACUUAAGAAGAGCUCCAAGACUGUAAACUACCAAAAAUAUAUUAUUUACAUACAAAGAUUUA